UUUCCGCUGCAUCCAGACUUCCCCUCGGGUGGCUGGAGGCUGUGUGUGCAUCCAGGGCUUUAAAUAUACAAAGGGAUUGCCAGGACCUGCAAGCACCCGCGGCAGUGGCGCGUGUUGGGACGCGGGGGUCCCGUUAUGAGCCCCUGAAACCUGCGAAGCAGAGGCAAUUGAGUAAGGCGAUCUCCGCACACCGAGCAGAGCAGGCGCCAUCGGGCGGACCCCAGCACACAGCCAGCGACCUCAGGGUGACACGCGGAGCCCGGGAGCGCAACGAUGGAGGCACCAGUGGCCUGGAGAGCGCUCACCGGCCCUCUGCGGGUUCUCUGCGUCCUGUGCUGCCUGCUGGGCCGCACCUUCGCUGCACCAUCGCCCAUCAUCAAGUUCCCCGGCGAUGUCGCCCCCAAAACAGACAAAGAGUUGGCAGUGCAAUACCUGAACACUUUCUACGGCUGCCCCAAGGAGAGUUGCAACCUCUUCGUGCUGAAGGAUACCCUUAAGAAGAUGCAGAAGUUCUUUGGGCUGCCCCAGACAGGUGACCUUGACCAGAACACCAUUGAGACCAUGCGGAAGCCGAGAUGUGGUAACCCAGAUGUGGCCAACUACAACUUCUUCCCCCGCAAGCCCAAGUGGGACAAGAACCAGAUCACAUACAGGAUCAUAGGUUACACACCCGACCUGGACCCUGAGACAGUGGAUGAUGCCUUUGCUCGGGCUUUACAAGUAUGGAGUGAUGUGACUCCACUACGCUUUUCUCGAAUCCAUGAUGGGGAAGCUGACAUCAUGAUCAACUUUGGCCGCUGGGAACAUGGAGAUGGAUACCCAUUUGAUGGCAAGGAUGGACUCCUGGCACAUGCCUUCGCCCCAGGCACUGGUGUUGGGGGAGAUUCUCACUUUGAUGAUGAUGAGCUGUGGACCCUGGGGGAAGGGCAAGUGGUCCGGGUAAAGUACGGCAAUGCUGAUGGCGAGUACUGCAAGUUCCCCUUCCUGUUCAAUGGUCGGGAAUACAGCAGCUGCACUGACACCGGCCGCAGUGAUGGCUUCCUCUGGUGCUCCACCACGUAUAACUUCGAAAAGGAUGGCAAGUACGGCUUCUGCCCCCAUGAAGCCUUGUUUACCAUGGGCGGAAAUGCAGAUGGACAGCCCUGCAAGUUCCCGUUCCGCUUCCAGGGCACCUCCUACAACAGCUGUACCACUGAGGGCCGUACAGACGGCUACCGCUGGUGCGGCACCACGGAGGACUACGACCGAGAUAAGAAGUAUGGCUUCUGCCCCGAGACGGCUAUGUCCACUGUGGGUGGAAAUUCAGAAGGUGCCCCAUGUGUCUUCCCGUUCACUUUCCUGGGCAACAAGCAUGAGAGCUGCACCAGUGCUGGCCGUAGUGAUGGGAAGGUAUGGUGUGCAACCACAGCCAACUACGAUGAUGACCGGAAGUGGGGCUUCUGUCCUGACCAAGGAUAUAGCUUGUUCCUUGUGGCAGCCCAUGAGUUCGGCCAUGCUAUGGGGUUGGAGCACUCACAGGACCCUGGGGCUCUGAUGGCUCCUAUCUACACCUACACCAAGAAUUUCCGCUUAUCCCAUGAUGACAUCAAAGGGAUCCAGGAGCUCUAUGGGCCCUCCCCCGAUGCGGAUACUGACACUGGUACUGGCCCCACCCCUACACUGGGACCUGUCACUCCAGAGAUCUGCAAACAGGACAUUGUCUUUGAUGGCAUUGCCCAGAUCCGUGGCGAGAUCUUCUUCUUCAAGGACAGGUUUAUCUGGCGGACAGUGACACCACGAGACAAGCCCACAGGACCCUUGCUGGUGGCCACAUUCUGGCCUGAGCUCCCAGAAAAGAUCGAUGCUGUGUACGAGGCUCCACAGGAAGAGAAGGCUGUGUUCUUCGCAGGGAAUGAGUACUGGGUCUAUUCUGCCAGUACCCUGGAGCGAGGGUACCCCAAGCCACUGACCAGCCUGGGGUUGCCCCCUGAUGUCCAACGAGUAGACGCUGCCUUUAACUGGAGUAAGAACAAGAAGACGUACAUCUUCGCUGGAGACAAGUUCUGGAGAUACAAUGAGGUGAAGAAGAAAAUGGACCCGGGCUUCCCCAAGCUCAUCGCAGACUCCUGGAAUGCCAUUCCCGAUAACCUGGAUGCAGUAGUGGACCUGCAGGGCGGUGGUCACAGCUACUUCUUCAAAGGUGCUUAUUACCUGAAGUUGGAGAACCAAAGUCUGAAGAGCGUGAAGUUCGGAAGCAUCAAAUCGGACUGGCUGGGCUGCUGAGCUGGCCCUGUUCCCACAGGCCCUACAAUCUACAUCACCACAUACCAGGCCCAGAGCACUGGGGAAGGAUGUGAGGGGGCCUGGCUGCCCUGCCUUCAGCUCUGUAGUUAACCAGCCUCCUCCUUUACCUGGUGACUUAAGAUUUCAGAGGGUGGCUUCGUUCCGUGCCCAAAGAAAGGUGCUGAUUGCGUCCCUCCCAGGUGCUCCUUCCCCCUGUUCCCCCCACUAGGGGAUGCUUGGAUAUUCUCCAUGCAGCCCUCCUUUGGGCUGCCCCGGUGCUCCACACUGCGGGUUUUGCAACAUCUGUGAUCUUUUUUAUGGUUCACAGCAUCCUCAGUCAACAGAGACUGUCUUAGGAGGGCACUGGUGGCCCAACAGCCUGGCAUGGGGCAGUGGGAUACAGAUACAGGUGUGUAUUGGAAAUCGGAGACACCUGGUGUCUCACUUCCAGCUGCCCUGGCACCCACACUGCUUCAACAGUUUGCCUUGUAUGCACUUUGUUUGUGUCUUUCAACCUUUUCAGUUUUCCGCUACACUGCGUUUCCUGACAGAGGGACUCAGGUUGUCUGAUGUCACUGCACGAUGCACCUCAGCCCACAGAGCAAUGGUUUCUUUCUUCACUCCAUUUAGGGCCUCCUCAGUCACUUCCUCCACUGGAUGGAGGAGAACCAAGCCAGUGGCUUCCUGCUCAGCCUUCUCGCUUCUCCCUUGAAUGGUUCCCCAUGGGAAAUGGCCAACAAGUAUAAAUAAAGACACCAAUUGAGUGGCA